AUGGCUGAGGAGCUGCUGGCUCUGCGAGAGCAGAUGGUGGCCGAGGCCUCCUGCUCGAUAUGUCUGGAAUUGUUCAGGGAGCCCGUGCUCACGGCGUGCGGACACAGCUUCUGCGGGCAGUGCCUGGCGCGCGUGCUGGGGGACCCCCCGCGCCGCUCCCCCUGCCCGCAGUGCCGCGCCCCGGUGGAGCCGGGCUCGCAGCGUCCCAUCCGCUCCCUGGGCAACGUGACCAGGCUGACCCGGUCUCUGGGGGAGGUGGCAGCGUGGCCGCGGUGCCCCCAGCACGGCAAGCCCCUGGCGCUGUUCUGCGAGCGCUGCGCCGCCCUGGUCUGCGCAUUCUGCCGGGACGGGCCCGAGCACCGCCAGCACCGUGUCCGCCCCGCCGAAGAGGCCGCCCGGGAGCUGCGGGAGACACUCCAGAGCAACCUGCUUUUUCUACAAAAUCAGAAGGAAAAAUCGAACUGCAGAGAAGACCAGAAAAGUGAAGACCUGCUGAUGAGGGUGAUGUGGGAGUUGCAGCCUGUGAUUGAGACCUUUGAGGAGCUGCAGCAGUGGAUGGAGGAGCAGAAGAAGACCCUGCAGGCCGAGCUGGAGCAGAUGUCCCAGGAGCUGGUCAAUAAGAUCGAGGAAUACAAGUGCAGGGUUUUGGAGAGGCAGUCACUGCUGGACUCGGUGAUUGCGGAGAUCCAGGAGAAGCGGGACCAGCCGGCAGUUGAGUUCCUCAAGGAUGUUGGCAGAAUCCUGAGCAGGUAUGAAACAGGCUCGGUGUCCCUCUCCACCUGCUCAGCUCCUUUGGGCAGGGCUUUGGGAGCGCCGCAGGAGCCGGGAAGGAGCUGUGAGGCAGCCAAGGCUCCAAUCCCAGAGCCAGUCUCCCCAGAGCUGCAGAGGAGCAUUGAGAGCCUCUCUCAGAAAAGCAAGCAGGUCGUGGACAUUGUGGAUACAUUCAGAGUGAACCUGUGGAGUGUGAUAGGCUGGGGCAUAAGGGAGCAGGUGAUGCUGGACCCAGAGACGGCAAAUGACUACCUGAUCCUCUCGUGGGACCGCAGAACGGUCUGGUUAGGAGCUGUAAAACAAAACGUCCUUGACACCCCCAAGAGGUUCAUGCACACCCACAGUGUCCUGGGCACCAAGGGUUUCACAUCUGGGAGGCAUUACUGGGAGGUGGAGGUUGGGGUAAAGGGCUGCUGGGCUGUGGGGGUGGCUCUGGAAUCUGUGCCAAGGAAGGAGCCGCUCAACCUGCACAGAUCUGAGAAGGUCUGGGCCCUGCAAGUCAACGGGUGGGGCCAGUACAGGGCAGUCUGCAUGACCUCUGAGGUGCUGGCACUCAGUGGAAGACUCCAGAGAAUCAUGGUCUGCCUGGACUACGAAGCAGGCCAAGUGACCUUCUACAAUGCAAAGGACAUGAGACCGAUUCUGCAGUUGGAGGCCACCUUCACUGAGAAAGUCUUCCCGUAUUUUUGGAUCUCCUCAGGGGAUUCCCUCAUCUGGCUCUGUGACUGACAGGGUGGGAUGGCUGCCGGGCCCCUGCCCGUGCCCUUGGCCAGCUGAGCAGGGAGGAGCUGUGGGAAUGACACGGCUUGACACUGCAGCCUCUCUGCAGCUCUGCCUGGGCUGCAUCCUCUCUGCAAUUUUCUGCAUCUCCUCCUGCUAAGUCCUUUGGAGCAUUAAAGAAGUGCUGUCCUGUC